UGUACCACAAUGUGGCGCUGCGGUGCACUCUAUUAUUUAACAUAUUUAUUAGCUAUCCAGAACUAUGUCGAAUGAAAUAAUUAAAAUGCAGCCCAAAAAUUAACGGUUCUACCCAAACGGACACUUUUAAUCGCAAAGACACGGCUGUAUCGUUCGAAAAAACUAUCUGAAACGGUGAUAAAAUUGGACUAGGAAUGGCGCCAAGGUGUCGCCAUUUUCAUGAAACUUUACCAACACGGUAAAUCGAGACGGCUGUGUGGAGGAACAAUUCCACGAAGGGAGUGUGUGGGCCGGAAAACAGCCGGAAAAAUUGCCAAAAAGCAAGAAUAAUGUGCUGGUCUGUGUGUCAAAAAGACGGGGACUGAGUUGAUACAAAGAUGCAAGCAGAAAGUAUAUGCGCCAAUGAUAUUGAGGGUCUGGACUCAGACACUCUUAUUCCUGUUGAAAUUCUUUCCUGUGAUGUGUCACAUCGUGCACGAUCCCAAGAUGCCUUAUCGAUAGUGGAAUUAGGAAAACAAUUACUUUUUAGUGCUAAGUAUGGAGAUACGGAUACUGUCCGUGAUCUAAUGUGCAGAGGUGCACCGUUUACUACAGAUUGGUUGGGGACAAGUGCACUACAUUUUGCUGCACAAAAUAAUCAUAUGGAAACUGCAGAGGUUUUACUUAGAGCAGGAAUUUCGAGAGAUGCAAGAACGAAAGUGGAUAGAACACCUUUACACAUGGCUGCAUACGAGGGCCAUGAUCAAAUGGCACAAAUACUUCUUAAUUAUGGUGCAGAUGUCGAUAGUAGAGACAUGCUGAAAAUGACUCCUUUGCAUUGGGCAGUGGAAAGGGAGCACGUGGAAGUGAUGCACGUUUUAUUAGAACAUGGAGCAGACGCGAAUGCAACUAGUAAAUUUGAUAAGACACCAAUUAGUCUUGCAUUGGAACAUGACAGAUUAGACUUGGUAGACAUACUGCAGCAAGAAAGAGAAAUCGUAGGUAUCAGGGCGCAUCAGCAAACUCAAGCAAACACAGCAGAACUUGAAGUAGCAACACAUAAUUUAAUACAAUUAGAUUCUGGAAGGGAGGAGCAUAAGUUUGAACUUUCCCAGCAAGAAUCACAACCGAGAAGAAAACUUGCACAAGUGCAAAUGGGAAAGAAGCCACGAAUGAUUUUCCAACAAAUUCAUGUUGGAGCAAACACUGAUGUUGAUCAAGAAAAAGAGAUUGAAAGCAUAGAAGAAAUAACUAAUAUGAAUAAUAUCAGUAAAAAGCGUAAAGAUGUUGGUUCUAUUGGAGGAGUGAACAAACAAUUUAGGUUACUCGAAGCACAUGGAAUUACGAUGAUACCCGUAGAUAACGAUUCAUCGAUUGUUGAGAAUGCUAUGGAAAGUGGAAGAACAGUCGUUUUAACUGAGGCUGGUAAGCUUGCUCUGAACUUAACAAGAAAUUCUUCGAUAGGAAUGAAACGGCUACACGUAACGGGGAAAAAGGGGUCUCCUCGGAAAGUUAUAGCUAUUAGAGCAGAUCAGAUUUUAAGUCAUAACACACCUACUCUCACAUCCAGAGGUCCAAACAUAUUAAAAAGAUCUUCUAUGGAUAACAAGGCUGGAAAACUAUUCAUAUCUUCUAUUUCUAACACUACGCCCGUAUCAACACUUACGCAGUCCAAAAAUGUAAUAUCUUCAUCGGAGAGUAAGGCCAUCAGUUCGCCCACAAAAAUGACAGAACCAAUAAUUUUACAAUUAGACGAUGACAUCGAAGAAAUUGCCGAAGAUGAUACGACAGAUAAUAACGAACCAGUAAUGGACAUCGCGGUGUUGAAUAGACAAUUGGCGGAGGCACGGAGACAAGCAGCUGAAUAUCGUAAGCGACUUCAAAAGAAAGAAGAAGAAGCUGAGAUAUAUAAGCAACAAUUGAAAAAUAUUACGGCUCAAAGAGCAACCAAGUGAUUUUUUAUGAGUAUACAUUUCUACGCGUUGAGCUUCAUUUUUUGAAUAGCCCUGCUUUUUCUACAAAAAGAACUUCCUACAUAUACAAUUUUCAGAUUUAUAAAAAGCUCUCGAUUGAAAAUUGUAUAUUCUCAUAUUUUAAUACACAUUCUGUGAACGUCUCAUCAAUGAACAUUGUAGAAAUAAUUAUGCAAGCUUUUCAUUACUAACUGCUUACAUUUUGUAAAGAGUAUUUGCCGAAUCUGUGAGAUUUUGCAACUGUAUUUUAUUAAUAUUCUUGAUUUAUAUUGAAAAAGAAAUCCAAGUUUUCGUUUUACAGGGCAUAAUCCUCGAUUAUUUAAUAGAUGUAUGCCUCUCGGAAGCUGCGUAUUAUAUGUAUAUGAUUGAGUCUGAUUUAUACACUAAACAAGUAUAUUUUAAAAAAUAAAUGUAGACACUACGGACAUCAAUUUGCUUUCCACAUAAUGUUUCGCAAUGAAUAAUAAUGUUUUAUAGUAUUGCUAUUAUGAAAACAACCUCCUGCAUUUUGAAGAUUGAACAUUUAUCCGUAAGCAUAUUUAUUGUUUUAACUACUUCUGUUAUAAACCACUCUUAAUAAGCAGUAUUCUGUUCACUUUUUGGAAAUCGCAAAAAAUCUUCACAUUCUAAUACAGAUUGUUAGAUAAUAAAAGAUACAAUAUAAAAAUGAAGUAAUUAUAUAAAAAGACAAGUGUUUUUAAAUUGUAUAUAUGAUCUAUUUUGUAUAUAGCGAUUUUUUACUGUAAGAUUGCGCAAUGAAAAAGGCAAUUAUGCAUCAUCGUUAAAUACUUAGGAUUACACAAAAAAUAGUAGAGCGUAGGAAAUUUCUAUAAAAUUUAAUGAACGGGACGUAAAAUAAUAAUGGCUAUUUCCUAACCAUUUAUAUUUUCUAGAAAAUAUAGUUAAUAAAAGAGAAGAGUUUAUCAGUGUACAUUGCUUGCGAAUAAAAUGUUGUAAGAAGAAUACAAUGAUCUGCAGUUGUAAAAUAUAUUCAUUUUUUCCAUUAGAUUGUUGAAAAUAUUUUUUAUGGAAACUUUAUCUACAAUACAAAAUGUGGAAAGCAAAUACUUCUAAUUAGUCCUAGUGGCAUUAAAUAUAGGUUUACGAAUUAUUUCGAUAACUACUAACUGUUGUCAGUUUGUACAUUUUCGUAAAAAGAUUUCAUUCCAGACACAUUCUUUUAACGUGCUACACGAUCUAAUUAAGAAAAUAAUAAUCCAUAUUAUUGAUCGAUCACUAUGGUGCUACGUAUUCAAAAGAAAUCCUGAAUAAUUCAGGACUUUCACAAGAAUAAUGUACAGCAAACAAAAGGAAAGUAGUCCGUUCAGGUACAAGCGAUAGAUUGUAUUAAGUACAUAAAAGAUUAUUGAAUAUCAUAUCCCAGAAAUCAUAUUCAACGCUAAAAAUCCUUUAUAGUAAUAUACGUUGUAAAUACAGACGUUUAUACAUACAUACGAUAAUAGAAGUUGUUGAUACCAAGUUGCGAAUUUUCAUUCGGAAAUAAACAUUUUAUAUUUCUC